AUGGCCUCUGGUCACCACCGCGGCGCCCCCCUCGUUGGCGCCCAGACCCACGGCGCGCAGGGUGCGGACGCCGUGUCCUGGUACCCGGCCUCGCGCGUGCUGCCGCGGGACCCCGACGACCGCGGCGCCGUCGAGGGGUGGCCGCCAGCGCCAGCCGCGGGCGGAUCCCGAGGUAGCCGCGACCGGCGCUGCGACCCCGUGCCUCCGCUGAGGGCUGGCGUGUGGCAGCUCGUGUACUGGCCGUGCUUCGACCGGAGGACCAGGGGGCGCCAUUGCCGCGGGCGCCGGGCGCGCCGAGUACGCGCGCGUGCUCUUCGAGGAGGCAGGUGUGCGGUACGAGGAGGUGGAGGACGCCAGCUUCGUCCGGGACUUCUUCUGGAGGCGAGCGGAGGACCUGCAGGGGCACCCCGUGCUGGCGCCGCCCGCCAUCCACCGCGACGGCUUCGUGCUGGCGCAGACGGCAGCCAUCGCCCGCUACCUGGCGCGCCGCCUCGGGCUGCUGCCCGCCGGCGGCGCAGAGGCCGAGGCCCGGGCGGACCAGAUCUGCGAGACGGUGCACGACUGGUGGCGGAGGGGCGGCUCGCUUUCCACCCGGACCACUCCCACAGGAAGCCCUACCACGCGCAGAGGGCCGCGGCGGCGCCGUACAUCGAGGCCUUCGAGCGCUCGCGCCUGCCGCGGCUGCUGGCGCACUUCGAGCGGCUGCUGGCGGCCGGCGCCGACGAGGGCCCCGAGGGCGCCGAGCCCGGCUGGCCCGGUCGGCGGCUGAGCUACGUCGACCUGCAGCUCUUCGUGGCGCUGCGGGCCGCCCGCGCCUCGUUCCCGGGCGCCGGGGGGCUCCCCGCGCGGCUGGCGGCGUUCGAGCGGCAGAUCGCCGGGAGGCGCCGCAUUGCGGACUACCUCGACUCACCGCGCUGCAGGCCCUUCGCUGGCGACUCGAUGAUGUGA